AUGGCGCCCAAAAGUCUUGUCCUUGCAGCUCUGGCUGCUGCUGCUACUACUGUCCUGGCCCAGACCCCGGCAGAUCUGGUCACAGUCCUCAACUCCACCGAAGGGACCGCCUCCAUCAGUGAAGUGGUGGCAGAGGUCCCUGGAUUCCUCGAGGCUAUUGCUGGAAAGACCAACAUUACCUUUCUCGCGCCAAACGACACGGCCAUUGCCGAGUUCCUGAAAACUCCCGAGGGACAGGCACUUGAGAGUGCUGGCGAGGACUACCUCCUGAAUCUAUUGCUCUACCAUGUGAUUGACGGGGGCUACGACAACAUCACAGACUACCAGGUCGUCCACACACUGUUGACUUCGCACGAAUAUACCAGUGUGACGGGCGGGCAGAACGUCGCUUUCUACUACGAUGAUGACGAGGAUGUCGUUGGCUUCUAUUCCGGCUUGGACCACGACCCCGAGGCUCCCGCGACGCCAAUCCCUUUUGCUCAAGGAUGGAUCUAUGUCAUCAACGGCGUGCUGACCAUUCCCCCAACUCUCUCCGUCACUGUGACCUCGGGCGACUUUAACGGCAGCUCCUAUGUCGCCGCCCUGAACAAGACUGGCCUGACGGAAGAAAUUGAUCAGCUGCACGAUGCGACCUAUUUCAUUCCCAUCAAUGAGGGUUUCGAUGCCGUCGACCACGCUCUCUCGGAACUGAGCAACGAGAAACUAGCCGAAGUGCUCAAAUACCAUGUGGUGGCCGGCAAAGUCUGGCACUUUGACGACUUUGAGAACAACACGCAAUUGACCACGCUCUCGGGGAAGACAUUGACAGUCUCGUCUACCGCUGAAGGAGAAUUCUUCAUCAACAACGCCGGCGUCAACUAUGUCGACCUUGCUGUCUCUGAAGGUGCCGUUGUCUUCAUCGACAAUGUGCUCAAUCCCGAUGCUCCUUGGGAUCCGCCCGUCAAUGGCACUGAAGAUGGUGUGCCCGCAUGGCCGCUCAACGAGGGCACGAGCACGGCAACAGCUAGCAGCACUGUAGCCACUGCCACCUACACUGGUCUGGCUAGUGCACCAUUGAAGACUGGUGCGGCUGGUGCGGCUGCCUUGGUCGGUGGAGCUGCGUUGGCCCUGUUGCUCUAG